CCACCAUUACCUGACCAGCACCACAGCCCGUCUUUCUGCUGCUCUGGGAGAAAUUACCAGAGUGGUCUUUCUGCUUUUCACAGGGCAGGUUCUCAUCUGCAGUGCGUGGGAAGCGUCUUCUGCCCCAGGAGCAUGGCCCAAAGGCAGCACUAACUGCCCUGAGUCUUGCUUUCGAGAUGCUGCUGGAGCUGACUAAAGAGGGCAAGAUGUGGCUGGGAGCCCUGCUGGCGCUUCUGCUCUGUUCAAGCCUCGAGGGUCAAGAAAACUCUUUCACCAUCAACCGCAUCCACAUGGUGGUCCUGCCAGGGCUGGAGGUGCAAAACGGGGCGAACCUGACCCUUCAGUGCGUCGUGGACAUCAGCACCACUUCCCAGGUCAAGCCUCAGUACCAGCUGCUCUUCUAUAAGGAUGACACGCUGUUUCACAACGUCUCCACCACGGAGAACGCAGAGAGUUAUUUCAUCCCUCAAGCCCGGGUCUACAACGCGGGAAUAUACAAAUGCACUGUGAUUCUGGACAACAAGGUGAAAACCACACCGGAGCACUACGUGACAGUGAGAGGAGUGGCCCAUCCCAGAGUGACACUGGACAAGAAGGAGGCGAUAGAAGGCGGGGUCGUGAUGGUCAAUUGCUCUGUCCCAGAGGAAAAGGCCCCGGUAUAUUUCACAGUCAAAAAAGUUGAACUGGACACAAGAGCUGUCAAGCAACACAAAGAAAAAACUUCUCAGCACCAGAAUUUUGUGAUGCUGGACUUCACAGUCGAGGAGCAGGACCGUAUGAUCUAUUUCCUAUGUCAAGCCAGCAUCUUUUCUGGGAAACAAGUGGAGACCUCUACAACCACCAGGAGCGAUCUGGUCACCGUGAGGGAAUCCUUCUCCAAUCCCAAGUUCUACAUCGACCCGGACGGGGUGAUCACUGAAGGAGAUCAGCUGACUAUUAAGUGUACCAUUCAAGUGACGCACAGCGCCCCGACCUUUCCGGAAAUCAUAAUCCAGAAGGACAAGGCAAUCGUGGCGCACAGCAAGCUGAAAAACGAGGCCUCCUACUCAGUAAUGGCCAUGGCGGAGCACAAUGGCAACUACACGUGCAAAGUGGAAACCAGCCAGAUAUCCAAGGUCAGCAGCAUCGUGGUCAACGUAACAGAGCUAUUUUCCAAACCGAAGCUGGAAUCUUCCGCCACACAUUUGGACCAGGGUGACAGCCUGAGUCUGUGGUGCUCUGUCCCAGGAGCACCUGAAAUCAACUUCGCCAUCAAGAAGGGACACGAGAAUGUGUCUCAGGCUCAAAAUUUCACCACGAAAGCCUCAAAAUGGGACAGUGGGAUAUACACCUGUGUCGCAGGCAUCGGCAAGGUGUUCAAAUUUAGCAACGCAGUGCAGAUAACCGUGUGUGAAAUGCUCUCCAAGCCCAGGAUUUUCCAUGACUCCACGUCUGAGGUGAUAAAAGGACAGACCAUCGAAAUCCGCUGCCAAUCCAUAAAUGGAACCUUUCCUAUUUCUUAUCACCUUUUAAAAGCAAGUAACACUUUGGAGAGUUACACCAUAGACUCAAAUGAGCCCGCAGUAUUCAAAGAUAACCCCACAGAAGACACAGAAUACCAGUGCCUGGCGGAUAAUUGCCAUUCCCAUCUCGAAAUGGCCAGUGAGAUUCUGUCGGUCAAGGUGAUAGCUCCGGUGGCUGAGGUCAAGCUCUCUAUCUUGAAUAAGAAGAAAGUGGAGUCUGGGAAAGAACUUGUGCUUCGAUGCUUCGUGAACGAAGCGUCUGGUCCAAUCACCUAUAAGUUUUACAAAGAAAAGGAGGCGAAGCCCUUCCACGAAAUCACCUCGAAUGACACCCAGGCCUUUUGGUACAAGACACAGGCUAGUGUCGAAGAGGAGGGACAGUAUUACUGCACGGCCGCCAACAGAGCCAACCCUGCCAAAAACAUCCCCCAAAGCAACGUAUUGGCAGUCAGAGUCUUUCUUGCCGCAUGGAAGAAAGGACUUAUUGGAGUGGCUGUCGUCGCAGUGUUAAUUGCCAUCUUGGUACUUGGGGUCAAGUGCUAUUUUUGGAAGAAAGCCAAGGCCAAGCAGAUGCCAGUGGAGAUGUCCAGGCCGGCAGCACCACUUCUGACCUCCAACAAUGAGAAGAUGUCAGGCUCCAGCACAGAAGCCAACAGGCCUUACGGUUACAAUGAAGAGACUGGAAACCACGCAAUGAAACCAGUAACAGAAAAUAAAGACCCUCUGACCUUGGACGUGGAGUAUACAGAAGUGGAAGUGAACUCACUCGAACCUCAUAAAGUUCUGAAAAUGAAGGGCACGGAUACAGUGUACAGUGAAAUCAGGAAAGCUAAGCCUGAAAACGGAAAGCUCCCUUGAUGGAACUUAGGACUGCGAGAGCGGACACUCGUCCCCGGGAGGACAUCCACAUUCCAAGAAGAGCAGUCGAUUCCCGAUUCUGAGAGCUCUGUGCACUUACUUCUGAACCUGCCCUGCUCCCACUGAACACAGCAAGCCCUCAGGCCAAGCCACCAGUUUUUAAAGCCAUCUGGCUGCAUCUGUGUUGUGUGUAAAGAGAGAGAGAGAGGGGCCAGUUCAUUCCCUCCCGGCCCCCUCCCAAGUCGGAGCGCCCGUGGGUGUGGAAAGGAGCAGAAGGAAGCUCAGAGUCAGCAGGCCAUUGGGAUAUUUUGAAACUUGAAUAUUUUUGUCUUGUACAGAGAUAAAGAACUUCUCCAAGUACCUUUAUACACAGAAACCUGUUGGUUUUUUUUUGGUUUGAUUUUUUUUUGUAGUCGAUCACUUCUAGCAAAUGGCCUGGCUUAGGGGCUAAUUUUUUUCUUUGUCUUUGGUCCUUCAAAGGCCUGUAGUUCUGGGUAGUCCUUGUUCCUUGAGUGCAUAGCACUCACCAGACAGCUGCACCCUGUCCCCUCCACAACCUUACCCCCCACACAAAUGGGAAAACAAAGCUGCUUGGAAGCAACCCCAUUGAUAUGUCAACUUGAAGACAGGGUUCAUUCGGGCAAUGCACAAAAUAGAAAAUGAACUUGGACGGCACAGAUGUUCUUAAGCUGUUUCUCUAUACUCUUUUAUCUCCUCCAUGCUGAAGGCUGAACAACAGGAAGAUGGUUGCCUACAGCAAAUAGUAUUUUUAAUAGAAAAAUGAAAUGCGUAUUUUUCUUACUAAUUUUUUUUUAUUUAUUCCUUGCUAAAGAAAUGGUCUCCUGAGGUCUUACGAUGUCUGUGAUGUUGUCUUGAGUGGGUGGGUGAGGGGCUGCAGCCCUUCCCAGUGGAAGUUCACUAGUGGGCACACCUCACCAAGACCACUCCCUUCAUCCGCCUCAGAGACACAGCUGCAGGCACCCUGGCGGGGUGUUGUAUUCAAUAAAUUUGAUCUUUACUCUUCAAA